AUGAUUGCUGGAUUCUGGGAGGCUGAAGUUCGAGCCCACUUUAGCUGGAUUCUAAAGAAGUUUUUGAAGCUUAGGGAGGUGGCGAGGUGUAUGUUUUUGCCUUCUGUUGACUGGAACCUAGUUAGAGACAAGUGGAUUUGGGAUAAGGUUCGGAUUUGCAGGGAUAAGGUCAGAUGGCACAAGAUCAUUUGGUUCCCUGCCCAUAUUCCUAAAUUUUCCCUUAUUUCCUGGAUGGCUAUCCUUGAUAGACUUUCUACCAAGGAUAGGCUGAUUCGGUUUGGAUUGACUAUGGAUGCUGAUUGUGUUGUGUGUGGGACUGGUUUGGAGUCCCGGGACCAUCUGUUUGCAGACUGUCCUUUCUCCAGGGAAGUAUGGAAUGCUGUUCUUAGCUCAUGUGGUUUUCGAUCUGUUAUGCUCAAUUGGGAUGAUCGCCUCAACUGGCUUAUUGAUAACUUGAGAGGCAAUUCCCUCCGUGUGCGGAUCCUCAAGCUUGCUUGGACUGCCUUCUUGUAUUAUAUCUGGGAGGAACGCAACUACAGAAGCUUCAGAGGUCUUUCUCGUUCUGUUGAUUGUAUUGUAAAUAGAAUCAGGGAAUCUGUUAAAAUCAAAUUGUAUAGUCACUGCAUGCAUAGGAUUGAUGAUGUUAAUAGGAGUCUGUGCAUAAGUUGA